AUGACCUCUGAGGCAUCCACUACAAAGAAACUGCAAUGCAAUGAAUGCUCCAAGUCAACAGAUCGACAAUGUGACAUGAACAAACACAAGAAACGCCAUCGCCGUCCGUAUGGUUGCACCUUUCCCCGUUGCAGCAAGACUUUCGGCAGCAAAUCCGACUGGAAACGACAUGAGAACUCACAGCAUUUCCAAUCGGAGCUCUGGCGGUGUCAGCAGCCAGCCCGAGGUCGACUCCCUGAAUUCUGCGCGCGGCCCUUCUUCCAUAAGGAGGAAUACCUGACUCACCUUGUCAAGGAGCACGACCGUUCUGCAAGCAAGGUCGAGGAAGAAGUUGAGAAAUGCCGUAUUGGACGGAACGGUCAAGUUCGCUUCUGGUGCGGGUUCUGUCGGACCAUUCUCUCUGCCGAGGGGACGGGUGCGGAGGCGUGGGAGAUGCGGUUUACCCACAUUGAUGAACAUAUUAAUAAGGAGGGAAAGCGGGUGGAUUCUUGGUUGUGUGUUGAGGAGAAUAAGCUAAAAGGGGAGAGAAAGGAAGAGAAGACUACGAUAUUAAGGGAGAAUGAGGAGGUCGGCAAGAAGCGAGGGAGGGAAAAUGAGUCGCCAGUAGAGAUGCCACCUCGUCCCCCUAAAACUCCUCGACGAGAGAUGAGAACGGCAUCAACAACAGCAAUCGCACCAUCUGCGCUAUAUUCACUGCGGAUGGAGCGUGCCGCAGGUGACAGCGCUCACAUCUGCUGUUGUGGCUCGGGACCGUACCUCAAGAAGGUAUACUCGGCAUGUCUUGCUUGCGGUCGUGAGUUUUGCAGCAACUGUUCUUCUGAAGAACUUGCCUGUCAUGAAUGA